CGACUCUCUCAAGUAAAUAAAUCAAACACAUCAUCAUAUCAUAUAUUCGAUAAAAACAUACUCAAACAGACGAAGAACAACAAUGGCGACAGCUGAAGUAGCAGCAAUGAAUGAAUCAACAGAUUUAAAAAACAAAAAAGAACAACAAGGAUGCAGUUCAACAUCAGGUGAAGGAUUGAAACAAUAUUACCUGCAACACAUACACGAUGCUCAGAUUCAACUUCGCAACAAGACCCAAAAUCUUAAUCGCCUUGAAGCCCUGCGUAAUCAAUCAAACUCCGAAGUAAGGAUGCUUAAGGAAGAGUUGCAGCUGCUUCAGGAACCCGGCUCCUAUGUUGGUGAAGUUGUCAAAGUAAUGGGAAAAUCAAAAGUUCUAGUCAAGGUGCACCCGGAGGGUAAAUAUGUGGUUGAUAUUGAUAAAAGCAUCGACAUUGCUAAGAUCACUCCAACAACCAGGGUUGCACUUAAGAAUGAUAGCUAUGUGCUUCAUUUGGUUUUACCAAGCAAAGUAGAUCCUCUGGUGAACCUUAUGAAAGUCGAGAAGGUUCCUGAUUCUACAUAUGACAUGAUUGGUGGUCUUGACCAGCAAAUUAAAGAGAUCAAAGAGGUUAUUGAACUUCCAAUCAAACAUCCGGAGUUGUUUGAGAGUCUGGGUAUUGCUCAACCAAAGGGUGUUCUUUUAUAUGGGCCACCAGGUACUGGGAAGACAUUGUUGGCCAGAGCUGUAGCUCAUCAUACUGAUUGUACCUUCAUCAGGGUCUCUGGUUCUGAAUUGGUACAAAAGUAUAUCGGAGAAGGCUCAAGAAUGGUUAGGGAACUCUUUGUAAUGGCCAGGGAACAUGCCCCAUCGAUUAUUUUUAUGGAUGAGAUUGACAGUAUUGGAUCGGCUCGAAUGGAGUCAGGAAGCGGGAAUGGCGACAGUGAGGUCCAAAGAACCAUGCUGGAGCUUCUUAAUCAAUUGGAUGGAUUUGAAGCAUCAAACAAGAUCAAGGUUUUGAUGGCUACAAAUCGUAUUGAUAUACUAGAUCAGGCCCUUCUGAGGCCUGGAAGAAUCGACAGGAAGAUUGAGUUUCCAAAUCCAAAUGAAGACUCGAGGUUCGAUAUCUUGAAAAUUCAUUCAAGAAGGAUGAACUUAAUGCGUGGCAUCGAUCUGAAAAAGAUUGCUGAGAAAAUGAAUGGUGCUUCUGGUGCAGAACUUAAGGCAGUUUGUACAGAGGCGGGGAUGUUUGCUUUGAGAGAAAGGAGAGUCCAUGUGACACAAGAAGAUUUUGAGAUGGCAGUGGCCAAGGUCAUGAAAAAAGAAACAGAGAAAAACAUGUCACUGCGCAAGCUCUGGAAAUAAGUGCUAUCAUUGAUACGGAGAAGAGAUUUUUUUUUUUUUUUUCAAAAAUGGAUUUUGGUAUGGUGAGUGGUGACACACCAUAUCUGAGAGCCAUGACUUAUCUCUCUCACCUUUUGCACUUGUUCAUUAUGAUGUUGUGUAGCUUAGAGUCGACUUCACCUUUUGCACUUGUUCAUUAUGAUGUUUUGGGAAUUUGGGGUCCUUGUUCUAUUAUUAUUGGAGACUUCAAAUACUUCAUCUCCUUUGUAAACAACGAUUCUAGAAUAACUUGGGCUUAUCUGCUUCGUUCAUGCUUUAAAGUUUAUUGUCUUUAGUUAA